AUGGCGGCGCGACGACUGAGUUUUAUUUAUUUACUGUGGACACUCGACGCUGUCACUUUUGAGCUUGCAUCAUGCUAUAAAAAUGUGAAGUUGUUUUUAAAGUUUUUGACAAAGUGGGCAAAAUGGGACCUUUCGCGGCAAAUUUUCCACCAAGAAGAUUCUGAAAAUGCUGGAAAUUUUCGGCACCAGUGCCCGAAGUGUUACCGCAGUUACAAGCACCGUAGCCACAUGAUUCGCCACUGCAAAUACGAGUGCGGAAUCCCCCAAAGAUUCGAGUGUCCUUAUUGCAAACAUCACUUGCGCCAGCGGACUCACGCUUUCAAUUCGAGGCUGACAAAGUACCGAAAAAUCGCGUGGGAAUCUAUCAGUGUCCAAACUGCGGAAAUUUCUACAAGUGGAAAAAUUCUCUGCUAG